GAGAAAACUGAUCACAGUAACCGAUCUUUGUUUUACUCUUAGUCAUUUCAUAAUGAGUUGUUAUUCUCUGAAACUAUUUUAUGCACUUUUGCUGCUUUUAUUGCAUGCUGUAGUAUCCAUUCUUGGAUUCAACAGCCUUCCCAAUAGCGCAGAAAUUAAGUGCAUUGAGAGUGAGAGACAAGCACUCCUCAACUUCAAACAUGGCCUCAAAGAUGAAACUGGCAUGCUGUCUACAUGGAGGGACGAUGGCAAUAACAGAGACUGUUGCAAAUGGAAAGGCAUUCAAUGCAACAAUCAAACUGGUCAUGUUGAGAUGCUUCAUCUCCGUGGUCAUGAUACACAAUAUUUGAUAGGUGCAAUCAAUAUCUCUUCAUUGAUUGCCCUUGAAAAUAUUGAACACUUGGAUCUCAGCUAUAAUGAUUUUGAAGUGAGUCAUAUCCCAGAACUCAUGGGCUUGUUCACCAACUUAAGAUAUCUCAAUCUCUCUGCUUCUUCAUUUGGUGGGAGUAUUCCUUCUGAUAUUGGAAAGCUUACACAUUUACUGUCUCUUGAUCUAGGUAAGAAUCUUUAUCUCCAUGGACAAAUCCCUUAUCAACUUGGAAACCUUACACAUUUACAAUAUCUUGAUCUAAGUGAUAAUGAUCUAGAAGGGGAACUCCCUUAUCAACUUGGAAAUCUCUCACAGUUGAGGUAUCUUGAUCUAUGUAACAAUUUUUAUCUCCAUGGACAAAUCCCUUAUCAACUUGGAAACCUUACACAUUUACAAUAUCUUGAUCUAAGUGAUAAUGAUCUAGAUGGGGAACUCCCUUAUCAACUUGGAAAUCUCUCACAGUUGAGGUAUCUUAAUCUAGGUAACAAUCUUUAUCUCCAUGGACAAAUCCCUUAUCAACUUGGAAUCCUUACACAUUUACAAUAUCUUGAUCUAAGUGAUAAUGAUCUAGAUGGGGAACUCCCUUAUCAACUUGGAAAUCUCUCACAGUUGAGGUAUCUUGAUCUUGCGAGGCGGAAUUCAUUUUCGGGAGCACUCCCUUUCCAAGUUGGGAAACUUCCUUUGUUGCACACUCUUGGACUUGGUGGCAAUUUUGAUGUGAAAUCUAAGGAUGCAGAAUGGUUGACUAAUCUUUCUUCCUUGACAAAACUUAAGCUAAGUUCACUACACAACCUUUCCUCUUCUCAUCACUGGCUACAAAUGAUCAGCAAGCUUAUUCCAAGCUUAAGAGAGUUGAGGCUAUUUGAUUGUUCUCUUUCAGAUACAAAUAUUCAAUCUCUGUUUUAUUCACCUUCCAACCUUUCCACUGCUCUUACCAUCCUUGAUCUUUCUUCAAAUAAGCUCACAUCCUCAACAUUUCAACUGUUGUCAAACUUUCCUUCUCUUGUUAUCCUUGACCUUUCCUAUAAUAAUAUGUCAUCAUCAGUCUUUCAAGGUGGUUUCAACUUCAGCUCAAAACUUCAAAAUCUGGAUUUGCAAAAUUGUAGUCUUACGGAUGGAAGUUUUCUUAUGUCAUCUUCUUUCAUUAUGAGUUCUUCAUCUUCUCUUGUUUCCCUUGAUCUCUCCUCAAAUCUGUUGAAAUCAUCAACUAUAUUUUACUGGCUCUUUAACUCCACCACCAAUCUUCAUGAGCUUUCCCUUGAUCAUAACAUGUUGGAAGGUCCCAUUCCAGAUGGAUUUGGGAAAGUAAUGAACUCUCUUGAAGUUCUUGACCUAUCCGAUAACAAACUGCAAGGCGAGAUUCCAUCUUUCUUUGGUAACAUGUGCGCAUUGCAGAGUUUAGACCUCUCAAAUAACAAGUUGAACGGGGAAUUUUCUAGCUUCUUCCGAAAUUCUUCAUGGUGCAACAGACACAUAUUUAAGAGCUUGUAUUUAUCUUAUAACCGGUUGACUGGCAUGUUACCUAAAAGCAUUGGAUUGCUAUCAGAGUUGGAGUAUCUUUACUUGGCUGGGAAUUCUUUGGAGGGUGACGUCACUGAAUCCCAUCUUUCUAAUUUUUCCAAAUUAAAAUACUUGCGGCUAUCAGAGAACUCAUUGUCUCUGAAAUUCGUCCCGAGUUGGGUUCCUCCAUUCCAAUUAAUACACUUGGGACUCCGUUCUUGCGAGUUGGGCCCCACUUUUCCUAGUUGGCUCAAGACUCAAAGUUCGUUGUAUGAGCUUGAUAUUUCUGAUAACGGGAUUAAUGACUCUGUACCAGACUGGUUUUGGAAUAACUUGGAAUAUAUGGCAUACUUAAAUAUGUCUUUCAAUUAUAUCAUUGGUGCAAUUCCUAAUAUAUCGUGUAAGCUUCCUUACAGACCAUUUAUACUUCUGAAUUCAAAUCAGUUUGAGGGUAAAAUUCCGUCAUUUUUACUACAAGCUUCUGGGCUGAUGCUCUCUGAAAAUAAUUUUUCAGAUUUGUUUUCAUUCUUAUGUGACCAAAGCACAGCUGCAAAAUUUGCCAUAUUAGAUGUAUCACACAAUCAAAUAAAGGGGCAACUCCCAGAUUGUUGGAAAUCAGUAAAGCAAUUACUGUUUCUUGAUUUAAGUAACAAUAAAUUGUCAGGGAAGAUUCCUAUGUCCAUGGGCGCCCUUGUUAAUAUGGAAGCCUUGGUUUUACGAAACAAUAGUUUGAUGGGUGAGUUGCCUUCUUCUUUGAAGAAUUGCAGCAGUUUAUUUAUGCUGGACCUGAGUGAAAAUAUGUUGUCGGGUUCAAUACCAUCAUGGAUUGGAGAAAGUAUGCAGCAAUUGAUAAUCCUGAAGAUGCGAGGAAAUCACCUCUCAGGAAAUCUGCCCAUUCAUCUCUGUUAUUUGAAGCGUAUUCAAUUGUUGGAUCUUUCAAGGAAUAACUUGUCAAGUGGAAUUCCAUCAUGCUUAAAGAAUUUGACUGCAAUGUCUGAACAGACCAUCAACUCAUGGGACACUAUGUCUCAUAUUUAUUGGUAUAAUAACACUUACAUUGAAAUUUAUGGUGGUUACUCAUUGGGAGGUUAUACGCUUGACAUAACAUGGAUGUGGAAAGGUGUGGAACGGGGGUUCAAGGAUCCAGAGUUAGAACUCAAAAGCAUUGAUCUUUCCUGUAACAAUUUAACGGGUGAAAUACCAAAUGAGGUUGGAUAUUUGCUUGGGUUAGUUUCUUUGAAUCUAUCAAGAAACAAUUUGAGUGGAGAAAUUCCUUCUCAGAUUGGGAAUUUAGGUUCACUAGAAUCACUUGACUUGUCAAGAAAUCACAUCUCUGGGAGAAUUCCUUCUUCUCUUUCUGAAAUUGAUUAUUUGCAAAAAUUAGACUUGUCACACAACUCUCUUUCUGGAAGAAUCCCAUCAGGAAGACAUUUUGAAACCUUUGAAGCCUCUAGUUUUGAAGGAAACAUUGAUCUUUGUGGCGAACAACUUAACAAAACUUGUCCUGGGGAUGGAGAUCAGACAACAGCAGAGCAUCAAGAACCAGCAGUCAAAGGUGAUGAUUCAGUUUUCUAUGAGGGAUUAUACAUGAGCUUGGGGAUUGGAUACUUCACUGGAUUUUGGGGCUUAUUAGGGCCAUUACUACUGUGGCGUCCUUGGAGAAUUGCUUACAAGAGGUUUCUGAACAGAUUAACAGACUAUGUAUAUGUAUGCUUAUGGUGAAUGUGGGAAGUGUUGCUUAUCGCUCCAAUGCAAAUAGAUGUGCUGCGCGCUUCUGAUCAGAGAAGAAAGCAUUGUUGACUGCUACAAGUGCGAAAUAUUUCUUUAGUAUAUGAGUUUACAAUGUUUUGUAUUUAAGUAAUGAACUGCAAAAUCUUGUUUCCAGAAACUUAGUAUGCUAUUGUUGUAUUUUAUUGUAUAAUAUAUUUGUAACGCUGUUUAUUUUUCAUUAUUGUGCUU